CCUCCUUCAGGCCCCGCCCCCGGGGUCUCCGCUGGCUCUGGUGGGGCGCGCGCUGCCAUGGCGGCGGUGCCGCCAGCGCGGGGAGCCGGGCGGCUCCAGGCCGAGUGGGGCUGGUACCUGUCCGCCCGCCCGCAGCUGGACGAGGACGAUGCGGAGGAGGAUGCGGAGGAGGAUGCGGAGUCCGCCGCGCUGCUCCCGCCGCCGCCGGGCAGCAAUCCUCCAAAUCGUGGCUCUUCCUUUGGUUUUUCGGUGUUUAAUUUAAUGAAUGCAAUCAUGGGAAGUGGGAUCCUUGGCUUAUCCUAUGUUAUGGCCAACACAGGGAUCAUGGGCUUUAGUAUCUUGUUGCUGGUUGUUGCCAGCCUUGCUACUUACUCUGUAUUUCUUCUGCUCAGUAUGUGCACUCAGACUGCUGUCACUUCUUAUGAAGACCUUGGCCUGUUUGCGUUUGGAUCAGCUGGAAAGGUUCUUGUUGCAUCUACAAUAAUUAUCCAGAAUAUUGGAGCUAUGUCAUCUUACCUUUUAAUUGUUAAAUCUGAACUUCCUGGGGCUGUUGCGGGAUUCCUGAGUGGAGAUGUGAGUGGGUCGUGGUACCUUGACGGGAGACUGCUGCUACUGAUUAUUUCAGUCUGCAUUGUUUUUCCUCUUGCACUUCUUCCUAAAAUUGGCUUUCUUGGCUACACAAGUAGUUUAUCAUUUUUCUUUAUGGUGUACUUUGCUCUUGUGGUUAUGAUAAAGAAAUGGUCGAUCCCUUGUCCUCUAAAUAGCGCCAUAGAGACUUUACAGGUUUCAAAUUCUACUGGGGACUGUAAAGCAAAGCUCUUUCAUCUUUCAAAAGAGAGUGCUUAUGCAAUACCAACUAUGGCCUUCUCUUUUCUCUGCCAUACCUCAGUCUUACCCAUCUACUGUGAGCUCCAAAGUCCAUCCAAAAGUAGAAUGCAGAACGUAACUGUCACAGGAAUUGUUCUGAGUUUCCUAAUAUACUUUCUGUCUGCUCUGUUUGGGUACCUGACAUUUUAUGACAAAGUAGACUCUGAACUGCUGCAAGGUUAUAGCAGGUACCUGCCACACGACACUGUCAUCAUGACUGUUAAAGUCACCAUACUGUUUGCUGUGCUUUUGACGGUCCCGUUAAUCCAUUUCCCAGCAAGGAAAGCGGUGUUGAUGGUAUUUUUCUCCCAUCUUCCUGUGUCGUGGAUUUGCCAUAUUCUUGUCACUUUAACGCUGAAUACCAUUGUUGUUUUGUUUGCCAUGUAUGUGCCAGACAUUAAAAAUGUGUUUGGAGUAGUCGGUUCGACCACAUCGACAUGUUUGCUUUUUGUAUAUCCUGGGCUGUUUUAUCUUAAACUUAACAGAGAGGACUUUUUAUCACCACAAAAACUUGGGGCGUGUGCGUUGGUUAUUUUUGGCAUUUGUGUUGGCCUUCUCAGUUUAGUUCUAAUCAUUAUCAGUUGGAUUGAUCAAUAACAGCCUCUUCUCACUGUCUGAACUGAGCUUCAGAAGGACGGAAAGAACCAGAGAUGUGUCAACACUAUGGAAGUAAAUGCUGGACAUCCUAAAGGAAACACCGUCUGAAGCCGUCCAUGGGAGAAAUAAUGUUCUUUCGCACUGUGUUAGCAAUGCUCCUUCUUUAAUCUUGAGUCACUCUCUUCAGUUAUUGGACAAUCAGUCUUUGCCAUUCUAAAGUAUUAAUUUUUAAUGAUAUAAUCAUGACAGGUAAAAAGGUCUCUUGAGAAUUUCUGCAAUCCAAAAAUGCUUUAGUGCACGUGAUGAACGAAAGCAGAACCUUGCAAUAACUUCUCUUUUCAAGACAGUGAGAUGGAUAGAUAUUACAUCAAUCAUGAUGCACCUGUCAUGAUGUUUGCAUUUAGGAUAUUGCACAUGCUAUCCUAAACCUUGAAAGACUUCUAUUGCUUCAAUAAUUCCCAAAAUCUCAGCCAGUUCUUAAUAUGAACUUUAUGAUUCCAGAUGUUUACCCUAAUUUAUCUUAGUGUGGAUCCAGAAACCAGCUGCCUUAGCCCAGUUUAAUGGGCACAUCAUGAUAAUAUUUGUUAGUUGUUUAAAUACAGAUUUUAUACCUCCUUGUAUUUGAAUCAUACUGAAGUGAUACUUUGAAUCAUACUUUGCCCAUGUAGCACAAAACCUUUUAGCAGCAUUAGGAAGUGUUCCUAUUUUGCAGUUAAUAAGACAUUUUUCAAUUAGUGUCUGGUUUUGAGUGUUACUCCAUGUACCUCAGUGUUCUUCCCACUGACAGACUUUUUUUCCUCUCUUAUUCCCAUUUUUACAAGUCUUUCAUAUUUGAAAGAGGAUGUUUCUAUAUUUUAUGUACUGUUGUGUCUCUGAGAAGGUUUGGUCUUGAAAGUUGAGAUUCCACCUAUGUUGAAGACAAAGGAAAUUUUACAUUUGUGGAACCCUAAUUCUACUUUAGAUCUCUAAACUUCCAUAUACCCUUUUAUAAUUCCUUUUUUUUUUCUUGCCUAAAGGAAAUGUGAAUGCCAUUUUCAACAUCAGCUGGGCUCUGUUAAAUAUGGUAUCAACAGCCCACAGCAAAAGUUACUUUUAUUAGUAGAAUGAAAGGAGUGGCUCAUAUUGUGGUAAGCAUUUAAAAUUUGUCUCUAUCACAUGGGAUCUGAUGUCUUUAAAAUAGCUUAAUCUCUUCAAAGACUUUAUGCCCUUAGGAAGGUAAGCCUCCACAGAAGUGGCUUGUGUAAAGCUAAGAAAUUAGACCUCGCCUCAAAUGGCAAGAUUUAGAGAGUGGGGAAUUUCUUCACCGUUUCCAGAUGCAGUAUUUCUUUUAAUUUAGCUUAGCACCUCUGCAUCUGAGAAGUGGAGUCAGACCCAAGUGAAACAUAGCAAAGUAAUAAAUUUAUGUAAUGUGAAAGCAGCUAGUAAGUGACAUUUAAAUAAAUUUUUCUGUCCAUAAAGUGCACAGUUAGCAAAUUAGUUGACUGUUGCUAUAAAGUGCUGCUGAGACAGUUCUGUUAAUAUGUUGGCCUGUGUUUUAUCCAUUGAGAUAGAGAAGAGUCCCAGAGCCUGGCAUUUCUAACAUCUUAGUAGGAAAUCUGUGCUAUUAGCUUUCUGAAUGAUGUCACAUUGGAAUUGCAAAAUGCUGAUGUGCUGGCUUAAAAAAACCCUGAUUGAAUGUGCUUGAUCCUCACCUGUUUAACAUGCGGGGACAGCAGACAGCAGAGUUGGAAUCACCUUCUCUGUUCUUCAGCUGACAGAUGAGGAUUUCCCUGACUUCAGUCCCUACAGGUCACUCUGCUCUCUGAGGAUCCAUAAGAUAAUUUUCACUUUUGAUAAAUGGCCUGAAGGCACCCAGGUGGUGUAGCUUGGUACAGCUUCAAGAAUCAUUUUUGCCUGGGGAAUAUUCUUCUGCUUGUGAGUUUAGACUUGGGUGGUGAUGCCUGGGAACUAAGUCAGAAGUUUUGGUAGGAUCCCCACCCUGCAAGGGUUGGUGCUUCUGGAUACUAUCUUCUGGAAAAGACUGCAGUUAUUUUAACGAUGAAGUUUCAUCUGCCAAAAAAUGAACUGAGCGAGCUCACUUAGGGGACAAGAAAAGUGAUGGGGGGUUGGGAAUGGGACCACCUUUUUAAGCAGCAGCAGCCAUCAGAUAGCACAUUUUUCCUCUGUCCAGCAGUGCUUGUACACGUAGAGGAUGCUUUUAACUUUGAUCAGGAGUUUGAUCAGACUGACUCAGCACAAAUGACUAGUAAUGGUGGAGGCUCCCCAUCUUGCCUUUGUUCUUGCAGUUUUCCCAGAUUUUUAACUCUUGAUAACCAGAUGUAGCUGCCUUCCUGCCUGUGCGCACCCUCUAACAGCUGUGUUUCACAGGCUUCCAUAUACCAUAGGGAUCCAGCUGCUCAAGGUAUCUCUGGCAGUAGUGUAAAAAGCUAUAUAUUUACAUUAUAAAACUGUACCUUGAGAAAGCAGUGACAGCUGGACAUCGGGAAAUUAUUUUCUAUCUGACUGAACCAAAGCUUUUUAGGAAAAAAGGAGAUGUUACAUUAAUGUGAAUGAACUGCAGGGUUUUUUUCAGACGCUAGAAUUUAAGAGGAAUAUUUAUUAGAACUUCUAUGGAAAUUGUUUAUCAUAUGCUCUGGUAGCAUUCUACUGAGUAAUAUUUGUAAUCACUGUAGUCACUUUAUUUUAAAGUAGCAAGACACAAGACCGAAGACAGAUUAUCUGUGAAGGUGCAAGUUUUGCCAAGCUUUUGCUCUUUCCUCCUCCUCUGGAAAAGCCAAGUAUUGCUGUGCACUGCAAUGCUCUGUUCGCACACAGGCAGUUGGGUUUAAAAACUGUGACUGAGAAAAUACCUGAAAUACAGUGUUAAUUUUACAGCUGAUUCCUGUAAUGCUAUGGACUUCGCUAAGUUAUUGGUUUUAAUCCCUGAGAAUUAUCCUAACUAGCCUGGCUGUUAACUAGCUUAGUAGGUAGUCUUUCAAAUGACGAAUACCAGUCCAUGGAGUUAAUACUCUGCAAGGAUGAAUGGAAGCAAUUCACACCUCUGCUGGAGCUCUAUUAUUACAUUUUGGCUGCGGUGCAGGAGGGAUAGCGGCACAAAGGGUUCCAGCAUGUCUGUUAUCUUUCGUCUGAAAGAGAGUUAGAAAUACUGCUACUUAAAAAUAACUUAAAAAUAUGGAGAGAGGAAGAAGGGCAGAAAAAGGAGGAACUUCUUUUACCAAAUUUAGAGCAUUUUCCACAAUGAAAGAGCAGAGUAAGGACACUCUUUUUAUCCAGCUUGGAAAGGUUGCCUUUCCCCAGCUGAACAACAAUAGUGUAAGAGAUGAAAAUUAAUUGGUAGCCUUUGAUUUGUUUUCUCUCAUUCUCCUAUUUCCAUUCUUUUGUUUGUUUGAAGGCUGCUCACAUUUCAGAUGGACUGUGGUAAGCUGGGUGUGGAGAGUGUCCAUUAUAAACAGCAUUGCAGGAAGGGGUGCUGCAAAACAAAACCUGUCUUGGUGGCGUGGCAAAUACUUGUGGUUUAUUCCCAUGUUUAUAAGCAGUUUGUGUCUUAGUAUACUGAUUUUCAUGGCCAUAAGCUUGUUUAAAAUCCUCUUUUGUGCCUCUGUGUAGUGAAAAUUGAGACACUAUGAAACUAUCCUGUCCUCUGUCUGUCCCUGCUGUCACCUUUUCCUUCACCUCAGCUUUGUAUUACUAUCAGUUACAUCCUGCUGAGCAGGGAUGUGGAUCAUUAGGGGAGGGGCAGCCCGAGUGAAAGGUGUGGAUCAGGGAAAGCACUACUUUGUCCGUGACCUGCAGGCUCGAUUUCACUGUGUCUACCUCUACUCCUCUCUGAAGGUCAGUGCCACAUGUAGGCAGGCCUUUUUUGGUCUGCCCAUCUUGUCUGUUCCUGUAGGAAUUUGUCUUUUUGAAAUGUGGAGACAUCUUAGCUUUGGCACAUGCAAAGACUGUGCUGAUUUGGAGUUCUUGAAUCAGUUGUGUCAUGUGUAGUAGACACAAGGUGCUGUAUUUCCUACCCUUGCAGUUCUCCUAAUGAGGAUGAAGACACAGUGGUGCAAUGGAAUCUCCGAUUUUCUUGGGCAAACAUUUAAUCCUUAAGCAGUUUACAUGAAAGAGCAUAUGGACUUGUACUUUAUGACUUCUCAUGCUGCACAAAGUAUCGCUUUGGUAUGGAUCUGGUAGUUGGUGCUCAAACAGCAGUAGUCCAUUGAGGCUGUGAGGUCACGGGAGCCAUUGGUCCCACGUUUGCCAGUUUUGAGGCUCCAUAGGCAUCUCCUUUGGACAGAGUUAGGGCAGGGUUAUGGACCUCUGUGGGUGUUUUGCCUGACCCAGUGUGGCCAGUCUCAUUUCAAACAAAUUCUUAAAAUUGAUUUUGUGGAUUAUUUGUAAAGAAUAUGAAACACUUCCAUUAGCAUCAGCCGAUGCACAUUCAGCAUUACAUGUGGUAGGUGAGGACAGAAGCAUGUCUGUUCUGGAUAGAAACAUUAAUGGUGGGCAUCCUAAAGAUUGAAAUUCAUAGAAUCAUAGAAUGGUUUGGGGUGGUAGGGACCUUAAAGCCCAUCCAGUUCCAAACCCUCUGCCAUGGGCAGGGACACCUCCCACUGGAUCAUGUUGCUCAAAGCCCCAUCCAGCCUGGCCUUGAACACCUCUGGGGAUGAGACAUCCAUUACUUCUCUUGAAGAUCAGUCCAGGAGCUAAAGUAACACUGCUCUAGAAUUCCUUUCCCAAUUAGAUUUAAUUUAACACUUCACCAGAAAUUGUCGUUCAACAGCUGACUUCCAUGUUGGAAGCAUUAGUUGUAGUUGUUCUGCAUAGUGAAAAACGUUUGGACAUGUUUACUGCUACUUCCUACUGAACUGCCAGUGGCAGAGAGUUUCAGUAUUACAAAAGUGCUGCCUAAUUUCUGCAGUUUCUGGUGGUGGUUUUUGUAUUUGUGUUUCCAUAGUGGUCAUUCAGCCACACUUCAGGUGGGACAGGAAUUCAUAAAAAAGCCAAUAACUAUAUGUAAGAAUUGCCUGGCUUGUGUCAAACCUGCAUGUUGUACAGCAGAUUCCUUUUCUGAGUUCCCCCUCCCUCAAGUUCCCUGUGGAACAGCCAGGACAUUCUCAAAAAAAAAAAAAACCCAGAAAAUAAACAACACUUGCGUAACUCAUGCAGUUGUUGACUUUGCUUUGUGUUAUGUGCCUGCUGAGUGAAAAAAGCAAGCGUUGUCUCAGUUGGUUCCUCAUGUGCAGCAGUGUUGCUGCUCACCCGGGCUCAGGUCGUUGCCUUCCUCCUGCCAGGAAAGGGUAUAAUUCUUAAAAUCCAUUCCUAGGUUGUUGGUGGUAGCAGAUUUGUGCACUUACAUGUGUUCUCCUUUACCAUAGUUGUGUUUGAUCCAUGCUCUGUUCUGCAGGCCACGUCCUGCAGCACCCAGCUUGAAAUGGAUGUGAGACAUGAUCUGGGAAGCUGUUACAAAUUGCUCCUCUAGGACCUUGUCUGCUCUGUGUUUGAUUUCACUCUUUGACCUAUGCUCUCAAAAACGUAAAGGAUGCAGAAAAUAACUUGUCCAGCUAGAACUGCAGUUGAUGUCCUCACAGGUAUUGGUUUCAUCAACAGCAAACCUGCUUCUCUGCACUCUUCUGCUCCUCUCUAUAAAUCAAUCAUAGAAUCAUGGAAAGGUUUGGCUUGGAAGGGACCUUAAAGCCCACCCAGUUCCAGCUUUCCUGCGAUGGGGCAAAGACACCUUCCACUGGAUCAGGUUUCUUAAAGCCUCAUCCAGCCUGGCCUUGAACAUCUCCAGGGAUGGGGCAGCCACGACUUGUCUGGGCAACCUGGGUCAGUGACUCACCACCUUCAGAGGAAAAAAUUUCUUCCUAAUUUAUCAUCUAAAUCUCCUCUCUUUCAGCUUAAAACCGUUCCCCUUGUCCUAUCCCUGCACACCCAAUAAAGAGCCGCCCCCCAGCUUUACCUCACACC